UCCCCACCUCAGAGCGCCUUUUACGACAGUGUGUGACACGUUUACGGCCUCUCAUGAUAAUAAUCGCAGUGAUAAAGACAUAAACAAGCAAACUUCAGCGUGACUUUCUGCACGGAGAAGUGGGGAUACCACAACGCGAGUGACAAUGCUCCUCCAAAACCGAGCCGUGUUUGCGCUUGGUCUUCGCAUGUGCUCCACAAAUGCGAUGAAAGGACCUUUGAUGGACACAGCGAGACCCAACUCAGACAUGUCUGAAUUCCGCAAGGUCUUCUCCAAAGCCAAACACAUAGCGAUCAUCACAGGGGCCGGUGUAAGUGCAGAGAGCGGAGUGCCAACCUUCAGGGGAGAAAAUGAGAAGUGGAGGAAGUGGCAAUCUCAGGACCUGGCGACCCCAGAGGCCUUCUCUCGCACCCCGUCUCGGGUCUGGGAGUUCUACCAUUACAGAAGGGAGAUGGCUUUGAACAAGAAGCCCAGUGCUGCCCAUCUGGCGAUAGCGGAGUGUGAGGCCAGGCUGAGGAAGCAGGGACGCUCUGUGGUCGUCAUCACUCAGUGCAUAGACGACCUCCACCGACAGGCCGGCUCCAAACAUGUGCUCAAGGUUCAUGGCAGUCUGAUGGAGACGCGCUGUGUGAGCUGUGGAGAUGUGACCGUGAACAGGCGAAGCCCCAUAUGUGCUGCCCUAAAGGACAAAGGUGCACCUGACCCAGAUGUUGCUGAUGCCCAGAUCCCUGUGGAUAAACUGCCAAGGUGUGGUGCAAGUGACUGCCGCGGUCUGCUGAGGCCCAACGUGGUGUUUUUCGGAGAGACCCUGGACUCUCAUAUCCUGACCAAGGUGGAGAAAGAGAUGGAAACCUGUGAUCUCUGUCUGGUGGUGGGCACGUCUUCGAUCGUUUACCCAGCAGCCAUGUUUGGCCCCCAGAUUGCAUCCAGGGGCAUCCCAGUGGCGGAAUUUAACACAAAAACAACACCAAAAUCGGAGUACUUCACGCACCAUUUCCAGGGUCCAUGUGGAACUACGCUGCCUCCGGCUUUGGCGCGACACGAGUCAGAGGUUAUUUAAGAGCCUGAUUGUAAAGAGAAGGACUUUACAAACAGCAACCAGUGGCUUCUUCUUCUGCAGACUAAUGUAAUCCAAGGCUGGGGUGGGUUCAUAGCUCUUUUUUUUUUCAUUCCAAAGGUUUGCCUUAAAAUCUGUUCAGCUGUUUAUGCUUGGUAUAGGGAGAGUUACGCUUAGCUUUAUACGAUUUUGAGAUGGAUCUCUUAAUACUUGAAUAUAAACUGUGUAUAGCUCUAUAAACUGGAAAUGGGAUACUGUAAGUUUUACAUAUUUCUAUGCAGCUUGGUAUACAGAAAGGAAUGCACUAUGUAUGUAGUUAUUUUGCAUAGGAUAAUAUAUCACAGGGUAUUGUUAAUCUUCACAUAUCCUGCGUAUUAGAUGCUGGUGGGGUGAUUGUCAUAUUUUGCUGUAGAUCAGAACAUAUUACUCCCGGUGCCGACGGAGAAUAUAUUCCUCUUUUCUCUUUGAAUGAACAGAUGUACAGAGCGUAACAUAAUCUUGUGCCUUUCAAAACUGUUUACACAACCUUGACCAAACGCUUGCGUUAGAGCUCAAGUGCAAAU